UAUCAUAAUUAUAAAUAUCCUAGAAAAUGAUCACAUUAUUAUAAUAUGAAUAUUCUAGAAUAUUUAUUAUUGGAAUUGGCUUAACAAUGCAUCAUAAAAUUCUUAAAAUAUUUUAUCCUUUCACGGGAAAGCGAAGAUUGCGAUUCUCGGAUUUUGUGGUGUUAUUUGGUAUAUGGCUAAAAAGGUCAGUUAUUGUUCUUGGCUUAGGGAUCGGUGCUCAUCUCUUAUAUAUUUGUUAACCUCCAUGAUGACUUAAUAUGGCGAUGGAUCCAUUAAUCACAUUGUGGCAAUUUUUAUUGGAACUUCUUUUUGAUAAUAGAUAUGUAGAAAUCAUCGCUUGGACUGAUAAGCAAGGCGAAUUCAAGUUGAUAAAUUCAGAAGAGGUCGCCAAACUCUGGGGUCUGCGUAAGAAUAAACGUAACAUGAAUUACGACAAACUUUCCCGCGCCUUGAGAUACUACUACGACAAACACAUUAUAAAAAAAGUUCUGGGUAAAAAAUACGUGUAUCGUUUCGUUAACAUACCUCCUCCCUCUGCGCAUGCGCUUAAUAACUUCAAGGAGUCCCACCAGAAUAUCAUGAGCCAUCAUAAUAACGGGGUAGUUGGUUACAAUCAUUCGCUGGAAUAUUAUUAUCACUACUUCAACGCCUUUAACGCAAAAUUUCGUUCCGGCUCUAAUCUAAACAAUGAUACUCGGAAUACAACACCUAACCACGAUACGCAAUUAAUUUGUAAAACUGAUUCCACUAGUGAUAACAAUAUUAUGGUCGCGGGUGAUGUUAAUGGGGCAGAAAGCGUUCGCAACGGUAAGGAACACAAUACGAACGUUAAAAAUGGCAUAAAACAUGUGAAAAUUAAAUCAGCCCACAACCAAAUAAACAGCAACUACAAGCGUAUCGAAAAGAAGUUCAAAAAAAUAUCCCACCAUUAUAUCAACGGAAUCAGUGGCCACGUUACUCCUAAUGGCCAACCAGAUACGAAGAUGAUGGUCAUUUCGUCCAAAGUGUUUCAAUCUCAUUUAGCCACGCAAGUUAGUUAUGACCAAAUGCCUCCCCUCAAAUCUGGAAUCUUGUCUAAAAAACAAGGACGGCAAAAUAUGAUCAACGGGCAUUCUCACCGUGUAAUACAACAAGGUAUCAAUGCGAGCGGUAUAUUGGAUUAUUACGAUUUCCGCGACGAUGAUGAAACAAAAAGCCAAAUCAUUAAUAACCAAUCUAUUAAAAUGGAAUGUCAAACCGAUGAAACUAUCACUACAAAACCUUCCCAACAAAUCGCAAAGACUACGAUAACCCCCAUCAUGAAUAGUUACAACUCUCAUUCCUCCAACACUCAUCAAAAUAAUCAUCAACCCCAAAAUGGUUUUCACUACAAUAACAUCCCCAAUCACGGCAAUUUAGGAGACCCGAAUGAAUCACCUCAAGCUUUUCGCUUUGAUAAAACAACAGCUAACUUCAAUUAUUAUAAAUUUUACGAAAACGCGCUCUCUCCUUACUACUUUGCUGCGGCCGCCAAACAGAACUUUCAAUUCAACCAAUCCUACCUUCAACAUUAUCACCAAUCUAGCAACAACAUAUCCGAUUACAAUCUUUCAACGAAUAACGGACCCUAUGCCCAUUCUUAUAACCCGUCUUCAAAUGGUAACGGAGUGAAAGACACGAUGGCUAAAUACAAAAAUAAUUGUGUCUACAACGCAACAAACUUUAAUAACGUACACAACACGAAUAACAUAACAAACAGCAACCACUAUUAUUACUAUUUUAACGGGUCAGCCCCGCCACCACACCCACACCAAAAUACUUUCCCCCAUACGCCUCUUAACAUGUACUUAGCAUCCCCCCUUUUUUCACCCCUUAUGCUUAAUUCUCCUUUUCAUUUUCCAGCUUACAAUAAUAACAGUUAUGGUUCUUCUAAUUUGGUCUCUAGCGAUAAAAGACAAUCAUUUUUCGAUUUCCCUCCUAUUUCGUUUAAUGAAAAAUGCGAAAAGGAAGAUUUUUCGGAAAGCAAUAAAAACUCCCUUGGUGCUAAUAAUAAAGAAUCCAAUUCAGUUAUGAAACCUAGCCUAAAUCGUGAUACUGAGUGCAUUAAGAAACACGGCCUAAAUAGUAGUGAUGUCUCCGCGGAAAACGCGAUAGUUACCACUAAUUAUGAUACGUGUAAUAAGCAACAUUAUAAUGAUUUUGUAGAUUGUGAUUCAAUUAUCGAAAAUGAUACUUUAAACACAGCCAAUAAAGAUAAUUCGACUGCCAAUUUACUAAAUAAGGCUCACGAUGACCCUUCUUCCCCAAAAUCGAAUCAGGAUUUAAAUAUUCUGGGUAAAUCUGAGCCCAAUACUUUUUCCCAAACAAAGCUUUCAGUCGCUGAGGUCCUUCCCUCUUAUCAUUCAACUUCACACGCGAAUAACGCUCAAAACUAUAGCAACACGAUUAAAAAAGCGGUGGCCUUAAAAAUUAAGAACAAACAUAAACCAGCCCCUCUCUCCUUGUCAAAGAAUCAAAUCACUAAUCCCAAUUACCAUCAGAACAAUCAUUUAGCUUACAGUCCUUUUUUCGGUUACAAUAAUUUUAUACCUCCCAUUACUCCCUUUAACAACUAUUUUCUCAUAAAUACACCCUUUUCGGCCAACAACAAUGGUAAUUCGCAUAGUAAAUCAUCAGCCGCUGCAUCUUUGCAAACCCCCGUUCUAACCUUAAGAUCUCCUUUACACUUUCCCAUAAUCGAUAAUAAUAAUAAAAGUGAGAAUAAGAAUAACAUCAAUGAUUCGUAUAUAAUGGUCAAUAGCGACUUAAGUAGUAAAGUCACUUCAAUUAUAUCGCCCAUAUCGAAAGAGCUUACUACAAGCAACAAUUCUAAUGAACAUGAUCUCACAAAUUUUCCAGAUAUCAACAACGAUUGUUUUAAAUUCAAAAACCCGAAUUCAAUCGAAAAUAGCGGCCCCCACCUUAUUUCUUCCUACUUAAAUCAUGAUGCCUCAUUUAUCCAUGACAGUAACACCCCCGAAUCCCUGCCUAACUCCAUCCACACUAUUCCUUCCGUUUCAUCCGCUCAUCCUCUUUCUUCUCCCCUUCAAAAUUCCCAAGAAACCUUUCGACAAGAAAACAGCCCAUCUCCCAAUAACAAGAGAUUUAAGAAAAGCUACGAGGACUCAUUGCUCAACGCCUUCUAUUCACCUCGUAAUAACAACCCCUCCGUCCUUAGUCCACUUAUAACCCCCCAUCAUUUUUUCUUUCCUCCUCCACUUUUCUCCGGCAACUCUCAUUUACACGAGAACAUUAGUUCUUCCUUGAGCAUUCACGAAUUGAAUAGCGCCUACAACAAUAAUGCAAAAUUUUCGCGCGAAACCUUUCAAUUUCCAAUAUCACCGUUCUUUUAUUCGCCGUAUUACCAAACCGCCCCUCCUCCCAGUUGAAAAACACCCCCCUUACCUCCUUUUCCCUAAAACGAAAAUGUUAUAUAAUAUGACGAUUAGUUAGAAUUUUUCCUUAUAUAUCCACUACGAUACACACUUAAAUCAUACUAACGGAAUCAAAAAAUAUAUUAUACAUUUUGAAAUUAUCUUAAAUUUAUUAAAAUUAUUUUCCAUAUUAAAUUUAUAAUAUUGUGAUAAAAAAAUGAAUGAAUGUUUUAUUCAUCUUUAAAUGAUGGGAAAAAGAUAUGCAUUUAUUAUAAUGAAAAAUAUUUAUCCCGAAUUUUCUAAAAUUUAUAAAAUGAAACUUAGAUUUUUUUUUGUAAAGAGAUUUAUUAUUUUUAACAAUAUACAAAU